GGUCAUGCAAUUUGAAGUUGGCGUGUCAAACGCUGAAGCCCAAAAAUACCAAAGAAGAAGAACAACAACGAACGUAGAAGAGUCUGGGGAUUGUUGUGAUCCAGUUUUCAAAUAAAGCGUCGUUAAGGCUCGUUUUAUCGGCGUUUUCCUCCAGAAUUAAUGGCGGACGAGGAGGACGAGGCUGGCUUCGAGGAGGAGUUGGAGGACGGGUCCAGCGGAGUGGAUGUCGGCCACGGCAGGAGAAAGAGACUCUUCUCUAAGGAGCUCCGGUGCAUGAUGUACGGGUUUGGAGACGACCAGAACCCGUACACGGAGUCUGUGGAUAUUCUGGAGGAUCUGGUGAUCGAGUUCAUCACGGAAAUGACCCACAAAGCCAUGUCUAUCGGGCGCCAGGGCCGCGUCCAGGUGGAGGACAUCGUUUUUCUAAUUCGCAAGGAUCCCAGAAAGUUCGCCAGAGUCAAAGACCUCCUGACCAUGAACGAGGAGCUGAAGAGAGCCCGGAAAGCUUUUGAUGAAGCCAAUUAUGGCUCCUAAUGAACUCACGUUUGUUUGUCGCUUCCUGCUAACUGGUUUGUGUUUUUUUUAGUGGUUCUCACUUGAAUAACAGAACUGACUGUUUUAAUGACAUGUUUACACUGUCAAGUCAUCGGAAACUCUCAAAUAAAGUUAGUUUGUUUCAAAUAAGUCCCAACACCAACAGGAAAACCAACAUCUGUUAUUUACAUUGAAGAAUGAAACUUUCUGCCAACACGUGUUGGAAAGGAUUGUUAAGGUUUUUUUAAGUGUUUCCAUGGAAACUGCGUGAAUAAAUUAACAUUUCAUUAUC